CACGGUUAUAGCGUAUUACGCCAUGACUCGUUUCCUUCUUCGUACUGCGUGUUUUAGUGUUGCGUCUGUGUGCGCUUCGGGUCCAUGAGGUGCGCCAGCGGGCUAGUGUCGGCGUUCAGACUAGGCGGAUGGGCCCUAUGGAUUAGCUUAACGGUCUCGUUAGACUCGUUCUGGCGUUGUAUAUCGUGCUCGUCUAUUUUCCGUUGCCUUGUGUAACCUUUAUUUUUAUCCGUGCCAAGUUCAGGGUGUUUUGGUUACAACUACGUAACGGGCAGACAGAUAUAGUGUGAAGUACAUUAACAACCUUACGAGCACUUUAAUAGUAAAGUCAGUCUCUCGAUCAAUUCGGAGGUGCAGCCAUUCACACCUGAAGACACAGGUUAUGACCCCUUGAAGCAUUUGGGAGAAGUCGAAACGAGGCGCGCGCAGGGUAGAAGCUGCCUGUGCUUAAUGGCACACCAGUUUCGCCAGCUGGUGCUUCUAUGCGCCUUCGUCGGGUGGAUGACAACAACAGUUGCACAAACGACUUCCUUCUCUUCAACUGCGGAUGCAACAUCGUUGGCAACCUUCCCCUGGUGCCAGUGCCUAUCCUAUGGCUGCAGCUGCAGUCCCUACAGGCUCAACCUUAUUAGCAGCGUUCCGGUUGGAUCCAACUUCAGGACCUGCCUGAGCAUGGACUAUGUUGGAUGUGAUCCUACGUUGGCAUGCUGUCAAGCCAUGCUAGAAUCCGUGGAUAAGGUCGCGUUUGAGACAACCGCUGCAUGCGGAGCCUCAAAGGCCAACAUCGUCAGCGUGACGUUCGAUGGCAAGAUGCACCUGUCCUGGAACACAUACACUCACAGCCCAGGUUAUGAGUUGAAGAUCUACAACCUGAACCGGAACAGCAGCACCUUUGCUGGCAUCCCCAUCUGCAUCACCACGACAGCUUCGUGUGCCUCCUGGUCCGAUAUCUGCUACAGCAGCACACUCGGGACCUGCCGCUACACUUUCGCCGACUCACCGACCACUAACUACUGCCCCGUCUGCAACACCGGCCAACCGCCUCCACCCGCUCCACCGCCACUGGUCCCUGGCCGAUUCCGGCCGCCACCACCACCUCCAUCUCCGAAACCCUCUCCACCAACACCCCCUCCUUCCCCUCUACCGCCGCCACCCCUCACGCCAGCUCGCCUAAGACCGCCACCUCCUCCACCCUCCCCAAAACCCCCUCCACCAAGACCCCCUCCAUCCCCAACACCUCCUCCACCCCUCACGCCUGCUCGCCUAAGACCUCCACCUCCUCCACCGUCCCCGCCAAGCCCGCCACCACCCAAGGCACCCAGGAGGCCCAGGCCGCCGCCUCCACCGCCUCCGGACUCCCCGCCAGCACCGCCAGUGGCUGUCCCCUGCAUUGCCGACUUAUACGUGUACAUCAUGCCACCGCUGGCACCCUUGCGCCGUCUCAUGGCGACCAAUGCACUUACCUUCACCAAUGAGUCGUGCACCAUGCUGGCAAACCUCAUUGAAACCGGAUUUGCAGUACAGGCCCCUAUCGUUGGCUCCAAACUCCUUGUAAAUUUCGUAGAGACUGCUUGUGAGCCCAUGUUUCUCCAAAUGCAUGGUGUCUUCAUGACGGCGGAGGAUGGACAUCGGUUAGAGACCUGGUUGAACGGACCCCAGGGCAUUCAGUCGUGGAUGUUCAAUGUCACUGGGGGCGACCUAUGUGGCAAACAUGCAGGCUACACUGUCUUCGGUACCGUCCUUUCCGACCAGGUGAACUGCAUCAAGGGAGAGUACACGGUGACAUGCAAUCCGCCUCCGCCGCCCUUCCUCUCACCACCUAGUCCUCCUGGCCCGGCACAACUUGCUUCACCCUCGCCUCCCUUGCCUCCUCCGCCGUCUCCCCCUCCCCCAUCCCCACCGCCUCCUUCCCCACCACCACCCUCUCCCCUUCCUCCUUCC